AUUCACCAAGUGCGGCGUGAGAGCUAGACAAUAACUGCAAAAUGAGGCAACUAGCGUGCAUCUUAAUCGCCUUUGCGGUCGCUGGAGUUUAUGCAGAGGAGCCGGAAAGAAUUGUAAAUGGAAUACCCACCACUGUGCAGGAGAAUCCGCAAGCAAUCUCCAUUAGAGUUCAAAACAACCAUUUUUGCGGUGGUGUCAUAAUUGCCCCGCGUUUCAUUCUUACUGCCGGACAUUGCGUGUUACCUUUACUAACUGACUCUUCUUUGAGGAAUAGUUUAACCGUUGUUACUGGCACAACCUAUCUCAAUUCCGGUGGAAAAGCUCAUAAAGUGUCAAGAAUGUUCCUCCACGAGAGAUACGAUAGAAACGCCAGGGGUAGACCCAACGGUUACGACAUCGGUCUGCUUGAGCUUUCCGCGCCUAUCGAAUUCUCGAUAGUUCAACAAGCAAUUAAACUUCCGUCGAGAGAACUGGUGCAAGGUGAAGAUGUUACGGUAGUUGCCUGGGGUGCUAUGGGUUUCAGAAAACCUGUGCAUAACAACUUACAGAAAUUGAAUGCGAAAUGCUUAUCUGCUGCGGGAUGCAGAACUUAUCAUCAACGCACGGGAAUGCCUGUUAGUGACUUGGAGUUCUGUACUCUUAUCAGUCAAGGAACUGGAACGUGCAAUGGUGACAGUGGUAGCGGAGUGGUUCGAAACAGCGAUAGAACGGUUGUUGGUCUGGUCUCUGGUGGUCUCCCAUGCGCUCUGGGUUACCCAGAUGUAUACACUAGUGUCUAUCCAUUCGUCGGUUGGAUCAGACAAAAGAUGGCGAGUUAAGUACAUUCCUUCUCUCAUGUAUUGUAUAUCCUUAAUAUGUAAUAAAGAUUGUUGAGCAU